AUGGAUGACGCUGGACAGGGCACAGGGGAUGACACGCUCCGGCACGAGCGCCGCCGCUCCGCCGAGCUGUGGCGGAUCCAGCAGCUGCUCGCGCAAGUCACCGCCCUCAAGGCGCAGAACCGGGCCCUAGCCUGCCAGCUGGCGGACACCAAGCAGAAGCUGGAGGAGUCCGAGAUCUCGGAGACGAUUGCGCGGCAGCGGGCGAUGGAUUACUACACCCAGGGGGUCGAGCUGUCAGUGCUUCGGGGGGAGUUAGCAGACGCCAGCCGGCGGCGGGGCUGGGCAGACUAUGAGGCGCAGAAGCUGCAGGACGAGGUCGGCGAGCUCCGCGCGGCGCUCGCCGCAUCGCGCGCGGCGCACCAGGCGCGCGCGGCCAUGGAGGCGCAGCGGGACCGCCUGCUGGAGCACGUCAGGGUCCUGGAGGGCUUGCUGGCGGAGGCCGGGGCGCGCGCGCCGCGGCGGCCCGGCGGGGUCGUGGCGGCGGGCAUGGCGGCGGCGCAGGGGCGCGAGGGCGGCGGCGGUGGCGGGGGCACAGCACUGCUGCACUCACUUGCGCUGCCCGCCUUACCGGCCCCCGCGGCGCGCUCCCGCGACGGCAGCGGGCUUGGCGAGGCGACAGCGCCAGCCCUUCCGCGGCCCGCACGCGGCGGCUCGGCCGCGGCCGCGGGGCCGCCCGAGCGGCACGCUGACUGGGACGCGUCGUCCGAUGGGCAUUGCUCCAGCGAUGACGAUGCGGCCGCCUGUGAGGAGCAGACCGCACUGCAGGGCGAGGUCGCUGCCCUGCAGCUGCAGCUGGAAGCCGCGCAGGCGCGUCUGCUCGACGCCCGCGCCGCGCGCGCGCUCGAGCGCCGCGAGCUGCUGCUGCGGCUGCAGGGCGGCGACCGCGCGCGCGCGCGCCUUCAGGAUGUGUCCGCGCGCGCGAGCAAGGCGCUGGCUGACAAGGACCGGGCGGUUGCGGAGAACGCUGAGCUGGCGGAGCUCCGCGCGCGCCGCGCGCAGCAGCACGCGCGGGAGGAGCUGGCGCGCGCGCUGACGAGGGGCGCCGAGGCCGAGAGGCAGGCGGCGCGGCGGCAGCGGGCGCUGGAGGCACGGGCGGAGGCGCAGGGGGAGGAGUUGCGGGAGAUGGCGCGGCGGCACGCAGAGGAGGUAGCCGCGCUGCGCGCCCAGCUGGCGGCGGCCGCGGGGGCCGGCGGCGGCAGCGAGCACGAGGGCAUCUUGCUGAUGAUUAGCAGCGACGGCGGCCACAGCGUGCCAGCGGACUGA